AUGUCCCGUGUACUGUCGACGGGUAUGGGCCUGGAUGUGACAUGGAAGGCUUACGAAGGAUUGGGACAUUGGUACCGAGUUGAGGAUGAGAUUCAAGAUAUUUUGGACUUCCUUCGGGAUCGCGUCGAGCUACUAGUUAAGCCCGAGUCAUCCCUGAGUGCCGGUCAAGACGACAUUGCAUAA